AUGGCAACGCUCGAGGUGGAAGAACGAAUCCCUCACUCAGCUGAAGAUGUCAAAAGAGUAUAUACAUAUCCGCUGAUCAAGCAAUGCGACAUGUAUGAGGACAUGAAAGCUGAAGUUACCGAGCUGUGUGUGACAGGUUGCGAGAAAUUUCCAACGGAUAAUGAAGCUGCGGCUCGGUUUGUCAAAGAAAACGUGGAUAAAAAAUUUGGUUCGGCGUGGCAUGUACUCAUUGGAGAAGACUUCGGUUUUGAAAUAACUCACGAAGUGAACAAUCUUUUGUACAUGUUUAGUGGCGGAAAUUUGGCCAUCCUCGUGUGGAAAUGCUCUUAAACUGCACAUACUCGGCCGGUUUAGAGAAAGG